UUCCCUCCACCAAGAAGUUACUCUGAGCUUCUUUCUCACUUGUCUCCCUUUUUACAAGGCAGGCCAUCUUUUGUGCAAGUUGCCCCUUUAAACCUUCCACCCCAACCUUCCCCAAAUCCAGCCCCCUGUCCCUUUACAACCAAAACCUGCUUCGGGGGACCCGAUCUGGAGGUUCCCUCCUGCUACGAGGACAUCAAGAGUUAACCGUCCCACUUUGGCCCGAAGUUCAACAGGUGCCCAAUCUACUCUUUGGCAGAAAAAGAAUGCCUGCCUGUGGCAAGAAAAGAGGCCAGCCAGCCUUGACGGCUGCCAAACAGCCCAAAUGGGCUAAAACUGAGAUCCAGAAGAAGGGAUCCAAACUAACCCGUUCUGGGAUGAGAAAGACUGGGACAAGCUUGAAAGAAGAAGCUGGAAUUGAGGAGAAAAGCAAGGCAGUUUAUAGUCACUGGCUUAUGAAGUCGGAACCGGAGAGUAGGUUACAAAAUGGAGUCGAUAUGAAGUUUGGCAUUGAAGACUUGAAAGCUGAGCCUAACCAAAGGGCUUGUUGGGAUGGAGUCAGGAAUUAUCAGGCACGGAAUUUCCUGCGGGAUAUGAAAGUUGGAGAGGACGCUUUUUUCUACCACAGCAAUUGCAAGGAACCUGGGAUUGCAGGUCUUGUCAAGAUUGCUAAAGCAGCUUACCCAGAUCACACCCAGUUUGAGAAAGGUAAUCCGCAUUACGAUGCUUCCAGCACAAAGGAAGACCCCAGAUGGUCCAUGGUCGAUGUCCAGUUUGUGCGAAUGACCCACCGGUUCCUCCCUCUAGCUGAGCUCAAGGCCCACCAUCAAGCCCACCAGAAGUCAGGAGGUCCUCUGAAAGAGAUGGCUCUCUUCACAAGACCGAGGUUGUCCAUCCAGCCCGUCACGGAUGAGGAGUUUGAAUUCAUUUUGAGCCUUGAAAAGGGGACAAAAGAGGUUCAGGGGAACUGAUUUUAAAACCGCUUCCUUUCGAAACCCCAAUGGAGAGUGAAGCAUGCGAGAGUUUGCUGUUCAAUUUGUUUUACUUCCUUUUUUGACUGCAGUGCAACCUUUUCUAAAUAAAUGUGGUUUUUUUUAAAGUGAUUU